CGACACGCCACUGCUGCCACAAAACGGCAGAUGCCAUGUCUAGGCACACUCCCCUUAGCUGAUGCGCGCGACAGUCGGGCUUGUCGCGCUGCUGGCGCUGCAUGGCGCGGGCCUCUUCCUCUUCACAAGCGGCUUCUUUCUCACGCGCUACGAGGUCAAGGACGCGAGCGCAUGCGACCCGCCGGGGCCAUCGCAUCUCCGGCGGCCUGCCGCGUCGCCCGGCUGCUGGUACGACCAAAAGUUCAAGCGCGUCGUGUACGUGGUCAUCGACGCGCUCCGCUACGACUUUAUGCACCGCGCGCCGCGAGACGAGGUGCUGGCGAAAGACAGCAUUGGCGGGCGGUUCUUCCUCAACCACCUGCCGCACGUCCACGCCGUGCUGGCGGCGCAGCCCUCGCACAGCCUCCUGUACCGCUUCGUGGCCGACGCGCCGACGAUGACCAUGCAGCGGCUCAAAGGCUUGACGACAGGAACGCUCCCGACCUUUCUCGACAUCAAGGACAACAUGCAGAGCACCGAGAUCGUCGAGGACAGCUGGGUGCAGCAGCUCGUGCUGCUCAACAAGAGCAUCGUCUUUAUGGGCGACAACACGUGGGAUGCGCUCUACGGCGGCAAGUUCAUGCGCAACUACUCGUACGACUCGUUCAACGUCAAGGACCUCCACACGGUCGACAAUGGCGUGCUUGCCCACAUCUUUGACGAGCUCGCCUUGCCCGACUGGGACGUCCUCAUCGCCCACUUCCUCGGCGUCGACCACGUCGGCCAUACGUAUGGACCCAACUCGCCAUAUAUGGAGACGAAGCUCGAUCAGAUGGACGCCUUUCUCGAGACACUCCUAGCGACCGUCGAGGACGACACGCUCGUCGUUGUGCUCGGCGACCAUGGCAUGUCGGAAGAUGGCAAUCAUGGCGGUGCGACCGACGACGAGACCGGCGCCGCGCUCUUCCUGUACAGCAAGACGCCGCUGCACCACGCGAUCGCUGCGCCCGACGGUGGCACGCUCUCACUCUUCAACCACGUGGUCGGCCGCCGAAGCAAUGAAUAUACUGUCGCCCAGGUCGACUUGGUGCCGACGCUCUCGCUCUUGCUCGGGCUUCCGAUUCCGUUUGGGAACCUCGGCGCCGUGAUCCCGCACGUCUUUUUCACGUCCCCCUCCAUGGACGUCGACGAGUGCUUUCGCCGGCUCAACGAAGCCAUGACCGUCAACGUGGCGCAGAUCCGACACUACUUUAUGGCCACGAGCACGAUUCGCAUGGAUUUGCCCGCGAUGCUGGCGCUGGAGGCUACGUACGAAGCGCUGCAAGCGCCCACCUUGAGCCCCCGCGCGCGCUACGACCUCCUCCACACGUACCUCCGCGACGCGUUGGACUUGAGCCGAGCCAUGUACACGCAGUUCGACUUUGUCGCGAUGGGCUGGGGCGUCCUCCUGCUUCUCUCCGGCACGCUCUUGUCGGUCGCGCUCUGCGUCCCGGACGACGCGCUCUCGUUUCCACCGAGCCUACGGCUUCUCGUUGGCCCGAGCGUGGGGGCGCUGCUGGGGCACCUCUGGCCGUGGGCGCUCGUGCCGCAGAACCUCGUUCCCGCCGCGCCCUGGCCCCGCACCGCCCUCUGCGCGUCGCUCGGGCUUCUCGCGGCGCUCGCCCGCAGCGCAUCCUGGCGCUGCCCAAAGUACGUCGGCGUCUCCCGCGCCAACGUCUUGUGCCUCUUCGUUGGCGUGUGCCACCUCCUCGCGCUCUUCUCCAACAGCUACCUCGUGGUGCAGGACAAGGUCGUCGGCUUCCUCGCGUCGUCUGCGCUUCUCGUCCUCGGGCUCGAGCUGCUCCAAGGCCCACGCUCGAAGCAGGGGCGCUUUGUACUGCUCUGCAUCGUCCACCGCGUCAGCAUCAGCCUCACGCGGCCCAACAUUGUGUUUUCGACCACGUCGCUUCUUAGCACGUGGCUUCCGCUCGGCGUCCUCGCCGGCGACAGCGUCGUGCAGCAUGGCCGCCACUACGCACUGCUCUGGCUCCUACUCGGGCUCUACUGGCUGGAGCUGUACCCGCUCGUGCUGCCGCGGCUGCUCUACGCCACCUGCUUCGUCUCUGGUGCGCUCCACGCGUACGUCCCGUCGCUCCUCGUCGUGCUGGCGCUGCUCCUCGGGCCCACUUCGCCGCUCGCCCUGUGCUGUUUUGUGGCCCAAGCACGGCUGCUCGAUUGCCUGCCGUCGACGCUGAGCCGCCGCCUCCUCUCGGCCUUACUCUUGUACCACUUCUACUUUGCGACUGGCCACCACAACGGCUUUAGCAGUCUCCAGAACGCAGCGGCCUUUGUCGGGUUUGAGGACUUUGCGUUCUACCGGUCCGGGCUGCUUCUGUUCCUCAACACCUUUGGGAGCUUCCUCGUUGGGCUGCCGCUGCUGGCCGCCACGGAGCUCGACAAGCGCGUCAUCGUCGCUCUCUUUAGCCUCGCGGCGACGUGCACGACGAUCUUUGUCGGCUGCAUGCGGCGCCAUCUCUUUGUCUGGGCCAUCUUCGCGCCCAAGUACAUCUUUGACGGCGCGACGCUCCUCGUGGUCAAUGCAAUCGCUGCGUUUUUUUAG